AUGGGGGUGGGAGGACUACUGUAUACUAUCGAGAAACUAGUCCCCCCGGAGCGUGGAUAUGUGAUUAGCGCAUACCUCGCCCAGAAGAAUAAUAUCAGCGGAAACGGCGCGAUAGGCACCGGGCUGGUCACGUUACCACCCCCUUUGGGGUUAGCGGGAGGGCCUGUUGACACUGGCCUCAACGCAACACCUGCCCUCGCCCGACUGAAUUGCCUUGUCCUGCCUGGUAUGUCUGAUCGUUGCACUGCCACCACGCCUCCUACUCCCUUGAUCGGACCUGCAAUAGUUUUCCACGCCGAUCGGUUUGCCCGCAUCGGUAGCUCCACGCCAUCUCGUCAUUCCUCAUUCUCCCUGACUAGCGCAGCGCUUCCACGCCCAAUCAACCACCCCCGCCGAGCACCCUUUCUCGGAUCGUGCGUCACCGGCGCGGUCAAGGCCCAUUCGGAAGCCGAAUCCGCGUUCGGCGUCAUCUGCUCCUUCACUGGUCCCCCCUCCUACGAUCAGCCACCACCCGGCGACGAUCAUCUGCACUCCAUAUACAUAGUCCCUGCAGACGGUUUGGGACACCACGGGCCUCCACCUCCCAUCUUGCCGGCAGCCGUGCACGCCCUUUCAAUUGUGAUAUGA